AUGGGCUGCCACGCGAGCAAGCAGGCUAGCCUGAGCGGGGAGAUUCGGUCGGAGGAGCUAGCCAAGUGCGCCGCGGUUUCGGGCGAGGUGCGAUGGGUCUGGCUCAGAUCACGGUCUCUCUUCAGCUUCGCUGAACUUCGCUCGCUCUUCAAGCAAUUCCAAGCAGCUCUGCGAGCGUCGUCACAGCAGCAGCAGGAGCAGCCUGGUGAACUUCAAUACCACGACCUGCUCGGCGCCGCGUCCCAGGCGGCGCCCGUCUGCAGCGUGGAGGCCAUCAAAGGGGGCGGCCGAGCUCCGUCGUACGGCGGCGCGCCGGGCUCGGCGAUGAGCAAGGCGCAGUUCCUGUCGCUGUGCGAGUCGAGCGACGCGUUUCGUUUGUCUGAGGUGGUCGGCGCCUUCGGGUCACGGCUCUUCGAUGUCCUCGACGCUAGCGGCGUUGGGUUCCUGGACUUCGAGACCUUCGUGCUCGGGCUAAGCAAGCUGCUCAAGGGACCAGAGAAGGAGAGGCUGAAGCUCCUAUACUCCGCCUACGACCUGUCGGGAGUGGCGCCCAGCGAAGAGCGACGGAAGUCGAGCCAAUCGAGCGGAGGCAGCAGCAGCUUGAGCGGCGGCAACGGCACCGGCGGCGGCGGCGGCGGUGGUGGCAGUGGCAAGGUCAAGCCGUCCCGAAGGAGCAAGUACCUCACCCUCGAGGACAUCACGGCCGUCCUCGCCAGCGCCUCGCAGACGGCGGCCUACCCGGCCCUCUUGAGCUUCACCACGGACGGUAAGGGCGGCAUGACCACCGGCCACCUCAGCGGCGGGGGGCUUAUCGGCGGUGGCGGAGGUGGCACCGGCGGCGAUGGCAUGUUUUGCUGCAGCUGCUGCUGGUGCUGCACGGGCUGCAACGGCGAAGGCUGCAGCGGCGGAGCCGGAGCCGGAGCCGGAGCCGGAGCCGGAGCCGGAGCCGGAGCCGGAGGCGGGGGUGCGGCUGUGGUGGCAUGUCAAAGUAAGAAAGGUGGUUUUGGGGGCAGGGCACGGUCAGAGCUUCUAAAACCCGUGUACAAGUGCAAGGACCUCACGGCAGCUUCUACUGCCCAGCCCCGCCCCCGCCCCCCUCUACACAUGGUUUGAGCUUGGGGUGAACCGGAGGUUCACACGACGCACCCGGCUUUAGCUUCCCCGUUGUAUUGCUUCUUUUUUUUGUGUUUGGCCGGGCGUCGUGUUUUGCGUUUGUUUUGUCUGUUGGAGACAUAGUCAGCAUACCGGUUUGUUUGUGUGUCGUAGUCUUGGGGGUGUGUGUCUUGGGGGCGGCACUGAUGCAACCAAUGUCCGAUAGGGAAGGAAUUCGGUGGCAGGAUGCCUCCCGCCGUUGGUGUUUAGGCUGAUGCAGCCAAUGUCCGAUAGGGAAGGGAUUCGGUGGCAGGAUGCCACCCGCCGUUGGUGUUUAUUUAGUGAUUUGUUGUUCCAGUCCGCUUCGCGGGGGGAAUGGUGCAGGAGAUGAACGUGAAUCAAGUGUGUUUUGCGCGGUAGAUGAGACCUGACGAAACAGCGAGAUUAGCAUGGUGCUUGUAGUCUUAUGUCUCCGUCCGUCCGGCAUUUUUCGGAUUGGUUUUGUGUUGAUUGACCUCCCCCAUGCGCAGAAGAUGACGCACGUUUUUUUCAGCGAAGGCCCCCUGUCUCGCGAAAACCGACGACUGAUUCACCGCGUUGGUAGGUGCUUACAUUUGUUUGCCCAAGAUCGUUCUCAUGUGUUGUUGAAAGGUAAAGAUUCAUCUAGUCUUGUGUGUUCGGGCACGAUUUCGUCGGCCGAGGCAAAACGCUUCUUCUGCUGUUCGCUGUGUUCGUUGGUGUUACUUGUUGUGGUGCGAUGAUCAGCGUGUUUUCAUGGUAUAUCCGCCAUCCGCCUCGGAGGGGGGAUUGCUUGUGGUGAUUGUUUUUGGUUUCGUCAUACAUUGUAGGGGAGGGGGGAGGAGGGCGCAAAACGGCUCAUGUUGUCCGUCACAUAUCUCAGACAGACGUAUCUAGGCGAGGAAUAUUCAAUGAGGUGACACCCGAGAACCCCCUCGAACCGACACGUGCGUGCUCGUAUAUGGUCGACAUUUAAUUGUUUGUGACUGGUGUGGCUGCCUUGUUGGCAUUGGGGUAUUGGAAGAAGCGCGGCUUUCUAAACGAAAAAGUGAUCAGUUUUCACGCAAAAGCCAUCGACUAUUAUGAACAAGUCGGUUGGUUUACGCAGCGUUCUCUUCUUUUUCUUUCCGCCACCCACGCGCGCACACAACGCGGCUGCAGCUUCGGAAAAUUGUAGACAAGACGGUCCGUCUACGGAUGGAUGCGAUGUA